GUAACACCUGCGGGGGGCGGGGUUUGUGCGGCCUCAGAUUUGGGUGUGACUGUUGUUGGUCUCUGCUGCAGUUUCAGUCGAACAGGUGACACGCUGAGCAACAGAUUUGAUUGGAUUUUAACAGGACAGCACUCAGUGGAUCCAGCAGCAAUGUCCUCGGGGCCCAAUGGGAGUCCACCUCCCUACGAGGAAGAGGGAUAUAACGCCGCCCCGCAGACGGCCUAUUCUUACUACCCAGAUGAUGAGUUCCAGCAUUUCUACCGCUGGACGUCUCCGCCAGGCAUCCUCAAAAUCAUGUCCAUCAUAGCCAUCGUGAUGUGCGUCGCCAUAUUUGCUUGCGUAGCCUCCACUCUGGCUUGGGACACCCAGGGAGGCCUGUCUGGCUUUGGGGGUUUGGGGGGCUACGGAGGAGGUUACGGAGGCGCCGGCGGGUAUGGCGGCGCUGGGGGGUAUGGCGGCGCCGGCGGAUAUGGCUCCUUUGGAGGCGGUGCCUAUGGAGCUGGAAACAGCUAUGGCUAUGGUGGCAUCGGAGGAAACUACAAUGACCCCCGAUCAGGCAAAGGGUUUAUCAUUGCCAUGGCGGCCAUCACCUUCAUCGCCUGCCUGGUCAUCUUCAUCAUCAUUGUGUCCCAUCAGAGCCUAUCAGAGAGCAGAAGGUUCUACCUAGCAGUGAUAAUCAUCUGUGCCAUCCUAGCACUGCUAAUGUUUAUUGCCGCCAUAGUGUACUUGAUGGCAGUGAACCCCAUGGCGCAGUCCUCUGGGUCGGUCUAUUCCAACCAGAUUGCUGGCCUGUGUGCUCAGUACCAACGACCACAGGUUUCAGGAAUGUUGGUCAAUCAGUACCUCUACCACUACUGUGUGGUGGAACCGCAGGAGGCCAUCGCUGUGGUGUGUGGCUUCCUGGUCGCCAUCGCUCUGAUCAUCAUGCUCGUCUUUGCUCUGAAGACCCGCCAGAAAAUUGGAAACUUUGGCAAGAGCAACAUUCUGUGGAGGAGAGUGAAGGUUAUCGACGAGAUGGCGCCACCUCAGGAUGUGGAGGCAUGGGUGAACAAUGUGUCCGCUCCCCAUGAAGAGCUCCCGAUGGGAGAGUACCCUGAGAAGAUGAGAGGCUCCAGGAGCCACCUGGAUGAUGAGAGCACAAACUACGACAAACCUCACUACAACUACUCGCCACAGCCUCCUGUGGAAAUCAAUGCGCCUUUGCUGAACGGGGCUCCCUACAGCAGUAACUCAGAGGUGGCCAGCUCGGCUGGACGGCAUAAGAGGAGGCGCGCGGGCCGUCCUCGCCGCGCUGAUGGACAGGACUAUGACACCGACUAUAACUCCUCAGGAGACGAGCUGGACGAAAAUGAUUUUGACAGUGAAUUUCCUCUGAUCGUGAACGAGAAGGACCGCAACGACUACAAGCAUGAAUUCGACCGCGAACACCAGGAGUACAAGGACCUGCAGGCGGAGCUGGACGCCAUCAAUAAGAAUCUGUCAGAUGUGGACAGAGAGCUGGACGACCUGGAGGAGGGGAGCCCACAGUACCUGGAUGCCUUGGAUGAGUACAACAGGAUAAAGACCAUCAAAAAGUCUGCAGAUUAUCAGAUGAAGAAGCGCAGGUGUAAAUAUCUGAAGUCCAAACUGAACCACAUCAAGAAGAUGGUCAGUGAUUAUGAUCACAGGGCCUGAACAAAAUCUGGCAGGGGGGGACUGAACCCCUGUCUCGACGUGACAGCUUGGAGAGUUUUGGGACCGUAGCAGACUGUAGAGGACGGAGCUGCUACAUCGAACGCGGAAGCUUCCUAAGUGUGUUUGAGCUGAUUGCUGUUGAAACUCUGCAAAGGUUGUUUUUACUUUGGAAGGACAGAACAUUAUUCUGUCUGGUAUUAUGCCGCUGUUUGUAUUAUGAGCGUCUCGUGACAUAGGUACUGUUUUCUGUAUUUAUUUUACUCAGUGUGAUCGAAACAUAGUAGUCUAGUAGAGGAGUUCUGCUACUAGAUUGUGGACUAUAUGCAAAUCCCUGUUUGAUUUUUAAAAUCUUUUAAUCCUCAUUUUUAAUCCACUCAUUUUUUUUUAUCAGCAAUAUAAACAUGUAAAUAAUUGGGAAACACUUAUGUUUUUAAUGUUUUUAGCAGUUGCUUAAAGUAAGUUCACAUGUGUUCAGUGUGUUUCAGACACAUGAUGCUUUUAUUGAUGUUAUUAUACAUACUGAUGUACUUUGACAAUCACUUGUGAUGUUUUUUAUCAGAAUAAAUUCAAUUAAUAAACACAUGUUGUUGCUGUUGUUAC